CCCUCUCACUGAUUGGCCGCUCGGUCUACAGGACGUCAGAGAGUGGGCGGAGCUUCCAGAGGAAACCCAGCAUGGAGAGCGGCGACCCAGCGGGUUCGGUUAAAGUGAAAAAGUCAGAGCAAGGUCAUGUGAAGAUGGAUGGUUCUGAGCUCUCCAAGGAGGAGAAACUUCGUCUUCGAAAAGAGAAAAGGCAGCAAAAAAAGAAUAAGGAAAAGGGAGAAACCCAGAAACCAAAGAAUUCUAAAAAAGAUUCCCAGCCACCUGCAGUCAAACCUGGUAACCCGUCAGUUCCAGCCUUCACACCUGGUAACGAGUCAGUCCCAGCCGUCACUCUUGGUAACGCGCCAGUUCCAGCCCUCACUCCUGAUAACGUGCCAGUUCCAGCCAUCGCACCUGGUAAAGUGCCAGUUCCAGCCAUCGUACCUGGUAAUCCGUCAGUUCCAGCCAUCACACGGGGCGACGCGUUCGUUCCAGCCAUCACACUUAACACAGCAGCUACCGACAUUGUACCUUGUAAAGUGGAAGUUACUGAGGGUCCAUCUGGCGGAGGGAAGAGUAAAGCAGAGCUUCGAGCUGAGAGAAGAGCAAAGCAGGAGGCAGAACGAGCGCAGAAACUGCUGAAAAAGUCUGAUCUUGGUGCAGGCCUGGGUCAGGCAAAACUUAAGACAACACAGAUUGAGGGUCAGAUAGUGAAACGCCUUCCAGAACAUGUCCAGGUGGAUGACCCAGCAGCUCAGAAGAAGUUGGCAAAAAAACUGGAAAGACAGCAGGUUCCUCUCCGCCAGGAUUACGCUCCUAAGGUCAGUCUGUUUUCUCACCUCCACCAGUACAGCCGAAACCUUCCUCUUACCCAGCAGAUGAGUAUCCCCUCGUCUGUGAUCCAUCCGGUGGUUGUAAGACUUGGCCUCCAGUACUCUCAGGGAAUCAUCAGCGGCUCCAACUCUCGCUGCAUCGCGUUGCUGCACUGCUUCAAACAGGUAAUUAAAGAUUACACUACUCCACCACACGAGGAGCUUUCACGGGACCUUGUGAACAAACUGAAGCCUUAUAUUAGUUUUCUGAAUCAAUGUCGCCCCCUCUCAGCCAGUAUGGGAAAUGCCAUUAAAUAUAUUAAAAAGGAAAUCUCUAAUAUCAGCAGGUCCAAAGGAGAGGAGGAGGCAAAGGAGUUAUUGCUCUCCUGUAUUGACCGUUACAUCCAUGAGAAGAUCCACUUGGCAGCUGAGGCCAUCUCCAAAUAUGCAGCUGAGAAGAUCAGUGAGGAUGAUGUCAUUUUGGUGUACGGAUGCUCCUCGCUGGUAACCUUCACACUUUGUGAAGCACAUAAGAAUGGGAAGAAGUUCCGCGUCAUUGUUGCCGACAGCCGUCCACGGUUGGAGGGGAAAGAAACCCUUCGACGACUCGUGAGCUGCGGUAUUCAUUGUACAUACGUCCUUAUUACAGCAAUUUCCUACAUCCUACCAGAGGUCUCUAAGGUGUUCCUUGGGGCUCAUGCUCUGUUGGCCAAUGGGUAUGUGAUGUCCCGAGUUGGCACAUCCCAGAUUGCCCUGGUAGCCAGAGCCCACAAUGUGCCAGUUCUGGUUUGCUGUGAAACUUAUAAGUUCUGUGAGAAGGUGCAAACAGACUCCUUUGUAUCCAACGAACUAGAUGAUCCCGAUGACCUGAUUCUAACCAGGAAGGGUCAAUGUACCUUGAAGCAGUGGGAGAAAAACUCAUCCCUGCGGCUUCUGAAUCUGGUGUAUGACGUUACUCCUCCCGACCUGGUAGAUCUGGUGAUCACUGAUUUGGGAAUGAUACCCUGUACCUCUGUACCUGUAGUCCUUCGAGUUAAGAGUGUGGAGCAGUAAACCCAGGGGAACUGUUCGGGAUUCUUACAUCAACAUCAAUAAAAAUCUCCUCCUUUUUGGGAUUUCUAAUA